AUGCCGGAAGAGCCAGAGGAGGUUUUGGAUCUAGAAAAGGAUUUAGUCAAGCCAACACAAGGACGACAAUCAAAUCAAUCCCCAACAGCAAAGGGAAGUGUUGCCCGUCCCGGUUCUCCAGAGAAGCAACAUCUUAGACAUAGUCGCCAUCGAUCUACGGGCUCCAUUAAGGAAGAGUCCACGCACCUCAGCGAGUCCUCUCCUGAUACAAACUCGCGUAUUCCUCGCCCACGGUCUUCUAGAAAGCGCGCACGCUCUGGAACGGAGUCUGGUGAUGACGUCUUUACCUCAGAAAACCGAGUGAUGAUUCCUAACAAUAUUUUCUCACGAUCUCCAGACGAAGGCCAGCUUCUCACCACACCCUCACCAGAGAGGCAUGAGCCAUUAUGGUCUCUUCCUCGUUCCGAUGAGUUCUCUAGCUCUUCGCCCAAAUUUCCAGCAAACGCUUCAACAGGUAGUCCUCGACGAGCUACACCAAAAGGACCACGAAACCAACCGGAUCGACAGCAGAGAACGACAGAACCUCCGUCUUUGACUAUUGACACUUCCUACGAUGUAUCGCCAGGUAGCGAGUCUCCGACCAAAAGAGGUGUUAACAGAUCACAGACUCUCGCCGCAUCUCCGACGAAAGAUGUUCGGAAGUCAAUCACUCUUCUUCGUCGCAUGAAUAGUGAAGCAUGUGACGAAGAUUCACGAUCAUAUCGACGCAUGGGUCGAAAUACAAGUUUCAUCCAGCAUAGCGACAGGAGUAUCAGGACACCUCCAAGCAAGCGCAAUUCAGCGAUAAGUAACGACAGUUUAACUAUUUGGGAAGAUGCUAGUGAGGACGACAUCGUGAUAUCACCCGCAGUCCGACAGAAGAACCUUCCAUUCAAAAUCCUUGAAAGAAUUGACUCUGAAGGCACAGUCGAGGAGAACUUGAAUGCCAUUGUGGAGAAUCAAAAGCUGCUGACCAUUCGCCAAGUGCCACCGAGCAGCAGUAUUAUAACCUCUGAGGUUGGUGAUCGAAACAACAACAGCGACAGUCCGGACGAAGUUGCACCCAAACGGAGCACAGCAAUGCAGACACCUAACAGUAAGGUAAGGGGUUAUGCCAGCGUGGCAGCAACUCCGGGAAGUCUGUACGACCGAGAUGGGUUCUUGAAGGAAUAA